CCAGAUGUUAGAGGCUAUCUGUAAACACUGGGAAGGUCCUAUUAGCCUGGCUCUGUAUCUCUCGGACGCUGAGGCUCAACAGUUCCUGCGCUACACCCAGGGGUCAGAGGUCCUGAUGUCCAGGGGAAACGUGGGCUACCACAUCGUCUACAAGGAGGGUCAGUUCUAUCCGGUCAACCUGCUCAGGAACGUAGCCAUGCGGCAGGUCAACACGCCCUACAUGUUCCUGUCAGAUAUCGACUUCCUGCCCAUGUACGGCCUCUACGAGUACCUCAGGAAGUCAGUGGUACAGCUGGACAUGGCGAACAGCAAGAAAGCCUUGGUGGUGCCGGCCUUCGAGACGCUCCGUUACCGUCUGUCUUACCCCAAGUCCAAGGCCGAGCUGCUGUCCCAACUGGACAUGGGGACUCUAUUCACCUUCAGAUACCAUGUCUGGACGAAGGGUCAUGCUCCCACUAACUUUGCCAAGUGGAGGACUGCCACCACGCCGUACAGAGUCCAGUGGGAAGCGGACUUUGAACCCUACGUGAUGGUGAGACGGGACAGUCCAGAGUACGACAGACGCUUCGUUGGCUUUGGGUGGAAUAAAGUGGCUCACAUUAUGGAGCUGGAUGCACAG